UCACCGUGGGGUGCAGCCCUGUCCGCAGCCUGGAGCAGAUGCUGGCCUCCAGCCCCGGGAAGACCCCCAUCAGCCUCCUGCAGGAAUAUGGCACACGCAUAGGGCGCACCCCGGGCUACGACCUGCUGAAGGCAGAGGGCCAGGCACACCAGCCCAACUUCACCUUCCGUGUCACCGUCGGCGACGUCAGCUGCACCGGUGGGUCCCGGAGUGCCCCACUGUGCCCCACGGCACCCCACAGCAACCUGUGGUGCCCCACAGCAUCCCAUAGAAAAGGGGAACCAGGAGGGAUCUCCCCUGAUUUGGUUCUGUGGGGAUGCUGUGGGACAGGGGUUGGUGUGGGGCGGGCUGGGGGGUGUAGAGGGAUCCUAUUCCCUCAGCCCCCCAUGUCCCCAGAGGUGUCCCCAUAUGGGGGUCCCUAUAGUUCCAUGAGCCCCCCAUGUCCCCAGGGGCGCCCUGACGGGGGGUUCCCUGCAAUCCCUGUGCCCCCCCACCCCAAAAGGGGGUCCUCACACUCUACCCCUUCCCCACAGGCGGGUCCUCGGCUGGAGGGGCUGCGGGGCCGCGCUCCAGGCUGCACGUGGGACUCCCUGCGUAACUCCGCGGGCGAAAAGAUCGUGCAGCUGAGGAGCCACCCGUUGGCACCCAUGGGUGCGGGCGCCUGCGCGCUGCUGCAGGAGCUGUCUGAGGAGCAGAGCUUCGCCAUCAGCUACCUCGACAUCGAUGCGCUCAGUCUCAGCGGGCUGCACCAAUGCCUGGUCGAGUUGUCCACGCAGCCGGCCACCGUCUGCCACGGCGCUGCCCCCUCCCGUGACGGCGCCCGCUCCCACGCCGCCCGCAACGCCCUGCAGUACCUCCGCAUCAUGGCGGGGGGCAAAUGAGCCCCCACCCCCCGCCCGGAUGGACCCCCGGCACCCGGAGUCCCCUGGAUGGAGCCGGGGAUGCGCAGACGGACCCACGGACGGAUGGAGCCACAAAGUGACACACGGACACCCUGACGGACACCCAGAUCCACCAACGCGCCGUGUGGGCACCUGGACGGACCCUGGGGCGUUCUGACAGACACACGGAUGGACAUUCGGGCCCUGGAUGGAGCUCAGGGCCGGGGGGACCUCUGUUCUGCCCCCCACCCCCAGGGGGUCCCUGGGCACGGGCAGCCCCCAGGAAUAAAGCUGGGGGGUUUGUAA